CUGCGCCGGUACCCGGCCCGGGCUCAGCGGUCGCGGCAGCCGGCGGGCGUCAGGCCGCGAGCCCCGGGGCGGCGGUGCGGAGUGGCAGCUGCCGCAACGCUGCACGGGCGAGUGGGCGGGAGAUGCCGAAGCUGCGCGGGGAAGCCUUCUGGAGGGAGACGCUGCGGAGCGCCCACUACGUGGUGGCGCCCAUGGUGGACCAGAGCGAGCUGGCCUGGAGGCUGCUGAGCCGCCGCCACGGUGCCCAGCUCUGCUACACACCGAUGCUCCACGCACAGGUCUUCCUCAGGGAUGCCAACUACCGCCGCGAGAACCUCUACGGCGAGGCCUGUCCCGAGGACCGCCCGCUCAUCGUGCAGUUCUGUGCCAAUGAUCCUGAAGUGUUUGUCCAAGCAGCACUGUUGGCUCAGGAUUACUGUGAUGCCAUAGACCUAAAUUUGGGUUGCCCCCAAAUGAUUGCAAAGAGAGGUCACUAUGGAGCAUUUCUGCAAGAGGAGUGGGAUCUUCUUCAGAGAAUGAUUUUACUGGCUAACGAGAAGCUCUCUGUUCCCAUCACAUGCAAAAUCCGCGUUUUCCCAGACAUUGACAAGACAGUGAAGUAUGCACAGAUGCUGGAGAAAGCUGGCUGCCAGCUGCUGACUGUGCAUGGCCGUACUAAAGAACAGAAAGGACCACUUGCUGGCGUGGCAUCUUGGGAGCACAUUCAAGCUGUAAGAAAAGCUGUAAACAUUCCUGUAUUUGCAAAUGGAAACAUCCAGUGUCUCAGUGAUGUGGAAGAAUGCAUUCGUAAGACAGGAGUACAUGGCGUCAUGAGUGCAGAAGGUAAUCUUCAUAACCCAGCUUUGUUUGAGGGCCGGAACCCAUUGGUGUGGGAGAUGGCUGAGGAGUAUCUGGAGAUAGUGCGGAAGUACCCUUGUCCAUUGUCAUACGUUAGGGCUCAUCUCUUCAAGCUCUGGCAUCACACGCUUCAAGUUUACCAGCAGCUGCGUGAAGAAUUGGCAAAAGUGAAGACUCUAGAGGGCAUCAUAGAUGUCAACAGGGAGCUGAAACUGCGAUGCCAGGAAGAAAUAGCUAAUCAGAAAGAAGGAGAAAAGCCAAAAGAAGGGUUGCCUUUUUUCCACUGGAUCUGUCAACCAUACAUCAGGCCAGGGCCAAAGGAGAGAUGCAGGGAGAAUGGAGAGAGUGGAACUGAAAAAGGUGUGCGAGGGAAACGUGCUCUGGAAGAAGAGGAAGAUGGAAAUUCUGAGCUUCUGUCAAAGAAUAAACAAAAAAAGAAGUUAAGAAAUCCAAAUAAAAGCUUUGAUCCAUCUUUAAAACCCAAAUAUGCAAAAUGUGAUCAAUGUGGAAACCCUAAGGGCAAUAAAUGUGUGUUUAAUAUGUGCCGAGGAUGCUGUAAGAAAAGAGCAUUCAAGGAGGUAGCAGAUUGUCCAGGUAAGUGGACAGUCUGGCCUUACCUAGCAAACAUCUCAUCCAUCUCCCAUUUUAUAUACAGUAUAUUCAUUGCUUUAAUCUUGGGGUUAUGGGGGAGUGGGUGGGUGUUAAAAUCAACAUACUACCUAAAAUCCUACAUGCUAUCUAAAAGUUUAUAGCACCAUUUUAAAAGACUGCUCUUCCUUCUCUAUAUGUCAUUGCUUCUGCUUCUGGGAUGCAGUUUCCAGUCUGUGAAGAGCCAUUUUUAUAAGGAAUAAUUCUGUUUACCACUGUAGUCAUCUCAUUACAGGAUUUUGGUUUGGGGUUUUUUCCCCUUUUGCUUUUUCAGGUCAUGGAUUACUUUUUAAGACCAAGUAUGAAAAGUCCCUUUCAUGGCAGCACAGUCAAAGAGGAAUUCAAACCCCAGAGAUCAGUCAGAGAG